UAAAUCCCAGGAGGAAGGGCGAGUGCAGUAGGUGCCGUAGCUGCGCGCGGCGGUGAGCCGGGCCUCUCUCCUUCCAUCCCAACAGGUUUGGGGGCGGGGAGGAGGAGCUCCGAGCGGGCUGGACCCAAACUCUCCUGAUUUCUCCCUCCCUGGGGCUGCAGAAACCCUCCCGGAGCCCCUUCCGACAGAUGAACUGAGCUCGGGGGACGAUCCUCAGUGGAGUUGGCAGGGCAUGGACUUGCGGACACUUGGUUAGACUCGGUGCAGCGAAGCGCGCCCUUUGGGGGACCACCUCGAAGGCCCUGACCCGGGAAGCCUUUUGGAGUUUUGUUUCUUCUCCCCUUGGAGAUGCACGAAUUGUUCCCUCCCUGCUCCUCCUCCUCCUUCUGCGAAGCCUUUGGAGGCAUUGAGCUCCCAUCCAGGGCCAGUUCUACAAGAGUGAAGAGACCCAGGCGUUCGAACUUGAGACUUUGUGCUUAUUCAAACUGAGACUUUCCUACCCCCACGCCACCAAGCACCCAUUUCUCAGACAGUGUUUGCGUUUGACUGACGAUUUUUGGAUUUAUUUGAUCGCCUCUCCUUUUUUAGAAAAGGAGGUGGGGAAGGAGACUGUUAGGUAGCUGUUUUUUUGGUUUUGUUUUUUAAAUCCACGGUACAGGGUAUCAGUCUCAGGGAACUUGCCCAUGGCUUUCUUGAUGAAGAAGAAGAAAUUUAAAUUUCAAACUACUUUUACUCUGGAGGAGCUGACUGCGGUCCCGUUCGUGAAUGGCGUGCUGUUCUGCAAAAUCCGGCUUUUGGAUGGCGGGGAUUUCGCCAGCUUGUCGUCCAGGGAGGAAGUGCAAGAGAAUUGUGUCCGAUGGCGGAAGAGGUUUACCUUUGUGUGUAAAAUGAGUGCUAAUCCGGCCACCGGCCUUCUGGAUGCCUGUAUCUGCAGAGUUUCGGUCAGAAAGGAACUGAAAGGUGGGAAGGCCUACUCCAAGCUAGGAUUUGCGGACCUGAAUCUGGCCGAAUUUGCUGGCUCUGGUUCCACUGUCCGAUGUUGCUUAUUAGAAGGGUAUGAUACCAAGAACACCCGGCAGGACAACUCCAUCUUAAAGGUCACCAUUGGGAUGUCCUUGCUCUCCGGAGACCCCUGCUUUAAGACGCCACCUUCCACAGCCAAGUCCAUCAUCAUCCCCAGCCAGGACACCUCCCUCCAGCUGACCUGUAAGGGCGAGGGUACCUCCAGCAGCAGCAGCACGGCCAGUGGCUCCACGACCCUCACGGGGCCCCGGCAGACCAAGGCGAGACCCACCAUCCUCGGAUCAGGGGUCCCUGAAGAGCCAGAUCAGAACUUGUCAAGCCCAGAGGAAGUGUUCCACUCCGGCCAUUCCCGUAACUCCAGCUAUGCCAGCCAGCAGUCCAAGAUCUCUGGUUACAGCACUGAACACUCCCGCUCCUCCAGCUUGUCAGACUUGACUCACCGAAGAAACACCUCCACCAGCAGCAGUGCCUCUGGCGGCCUCAGCAUGACCGUAGAGUGCCCUGAGGGCGAGAGGGAGCACAAACCAGAAAAGCCUCCUCGGCCCCCCAGACCUCUGCAUUUGUCAGAUCGAUCAUUCAGGAGGAAGAAGGAUUCAGUGGAAAGCCACCCGACAUGGGUAGACGACACGAGAAUCGACGCGGAUGACAUAGUGGAGAAGAUCAUGCAGAGUCAAGACUUUACAGAUGUCAGCAACAAUGAGGACAGUAACCUGAGGUUGUUUGUGAGCAGGGACGGCACCACCACCUUGAGUGGUAUUCAGCUGGCAACCAGAGUAUCCUCUGGAGUUUUUGAGCCCGUAGUGAUUGAAAGCCAUUGAUCACCAUGAUCUUCUGACCUGAGUCAUUCCAGAAGGGAGGGUCCCUUCUUUUUCCAGGGACCACCUCUCCAUCGUCUCUACUUCUGUCAAUUCUCAUCUGAUUUUUGCACUCCAGACCAGUCCUGAGGGCGGGCUGCCCAAGCUGGCAUUGGGACCUCCCCUCAUCAUCUUGUCUCUCCUCCAUCCACCACUUUUGAACCCUCUCCCUGGAGCUGACCCAUCUCAUCACCUGGUGUCCUUGAGAGUAUUUCCCAGGACCCUGGCUGCGGUCUGAUUGUACCACUGUGAAUAUUCUCACCCCAUAAGCAGAUGCUUCCUCAUCAUAGGAAACUAUUGGCCCGAGUGCCAGUUCUGACGGCAAAGGGGAGAGGUAGAGUCCGGUUAGGGAGCUAACUCCUACUGCAGGACUGUAGGCCCCCUGCUGGGCAGGGUUGUGACCUCUUGGAGCACUAAUGUGGGCAGGCACGCUUCCCUCCAAGCAGGAGAAAAGGACUCGUGUUUGGUCCAGCCUACCUCCUUGUCCUGUCCUGCAGCGCUGGUGCUUCUGACUUCUCUGGAGUCAGUGUAUGGAGGCCAGGUCUUCUUGCCACAUCACAUCUUCCUCCCCACCUGGAAGUCGUAUGGACUGGCUACCCUGGUUCCAGCUGAACCUUGGAGGCAUCUCUGAGUCCUCCUGCUAACAACACUCCAGGGGAGAAGAGACAGGUUGCUUGGAGAAACUGGAGAGGCCUCCUAGAGCUCGCUGCGAGACUUUCCUGCUGAUCUCUGGUUCUGAGCUAAAGACUGUGGCUUUCCCCUGCAGCUCCCUCCCUUCUGCUCAUACCUGUACUCAUCUUUUUAGAGAUUUUGAGCCCUGAAUUCCUGUGUCUAGGAGGUCGGAACCUUUCAGGUGGACUUGCCAGGUGGCCUUUGGUAGACCUGCCUUCCCCAUCCCAAGCUUGUCCUGGCCUGUACCACAUACUUUCAACUUAUAAGCUAUCCCUUUCUUCUCCCUCUUCCCUUUUGAAUUUGCCUGCCUCUGUUUUUCACAGUGGCUCUCUGCACUUUGCACAUAUUUCCCUAGCAGAGCCUCAGGGGGUUGGUGGUUGGCCAUCCCUCUCCCCACCCCAACAAUGCGCACACAUCCUUCUGCCAGCCCCCUCCUCCUCUAUUACCUUGAGCCUCCCCUUUUUGAAACCUAUGCUUGCCUGCUGGCCAGGUUGGCUAAGCCUCACUGGCUAUCAGCACUCCCCCCUCCCAAUCCCCUCAUCUGUCCAGAGUGGGGGAGACCACCUAAGGCGGGAAAGCAGACUGCCCAGGUGGUAACUGCUGCCCCUGAACUUCCCUUAUUAGGGUAGGGAGCCACCUACUUUGACUUUGUAUCAGCCCUCCUGGGUAGGACUGACAGGUUCACGUCCCCAGUUGGGUGAAGUUCAGGGGCUCUUUCCCUCUCUACCUUCUAAGUCCUGGUGUACUCUCUGCUUGGGGCUGGGUCUUAGGCAGUUGAUGCAACAGAGAAAUUAAGAAAAAAUAGCAAGUUGGACAUAGAGGAAGGGAGAAGCGUCCACAAGCUCCUGGAGGCUGGAGGUGUUGGAACAGGAGAAAAAAGCCUGUCUCCUUUUCAGCAAGGCCAGCCUGGUGGGCCAUAGAGCCUUCAUGGUAACUGGAGGUAACCCCACCUACUCAGUUGGUGAGGUGAGCAGGAAGGGGAUGCCUUCCCCCAGCCUUCACAGGAAUGGGCAGGAUGAGAGGUGCUUGCUCAGUUACGGCCUGGAGCUGUGCUCCCAGCAGGACAGAGUCCCUCCAUCAGUCCAUGUCUUUAGUGUCUGGGUGUCACCUCCUGCCACUGCCAAAGCUUCUGUUCUUAGCACUUUCCCCAUGGCAAAGGCCCGGGCCAGAAGAUACAGAGCCUGUGACCUCCUUGCUCAAACCACUGGUUUAACUUUUUUUUUUAAUUUCAGUUGCCAAGUUGUAAUUUUUAAUAAACCCAGCGGGCUGGUAUUUGUUUUUGGGA